ACACAGAUACGAAAAUCGAAAUGUCGCGAUUGAUAGCGUUUUAAUUUUUAUCAAUGAGGUAUUUUGAACUUUGAAGUUCAAUAAAAAGCAAGUUGUGAUUUUUCAUUGUUAAUUAUUGCGAUUUAAAAAAAUGUUAAAUUAAAAGCGAAUAUCACUGUGUACAUUGCACUAAAAAAUAAAUUAUUAAAAUAUGUUAGAUAACCUAUAGGAACAAUGCAUGUAUCCAUAAUGAAAGUUCGUGGAAUAUUUCAGUUUUAUCAAAAACUUUUAAAUCGUAGACCUUAUUUAGUUCAGGCUGUACAAACUGGAACUUUGAUGGGAGCAGGAGACAUGAUAUCGCAAACUUUAAUUGAGAAAAAACCUAUAAAGGAAUUUGAUUACAGCAGAACAUUAAAGUUUUCUUCGAUCGGUUUCUGUUUUGGUGGUCCUGCUUUAAGAGUAUGGUAUGGUCUUUUGAACCGUCAUGUUGGUUCUAGUGGUAAAACAGUGGCUAUGAAAAAAGUUUUUGUAGACCAAGUAGUGUUUGCACCAACUUUUUUAUUCUCAUUGCUUGUGGCGCUUGGAAUGUUACAAGGAAAGAAGUGGGAUGCUAUCCAGCAAGAUGUUAAUGCAAAUUAUUUUGAUAUAUUAAAAACCAAUUAUUACAUUUGGCCCUGGGUACAAGUGGUAAACUUUUACUAUGUACCUCUGCAGUAUCAAGUACUAGUCGUACAAUCAGUUGCCCUAUUUUGGAAUACAUAUCUGUCUUACAAGACAAAUAGAAAGAGGUUAAUAGAAUAAAAAAUAUAUGAUUAUGUAAGCUCGGAUAAAGCCGAAACCUAUAAAUUGCAAUCAAAUAAGUUUAAACAGCUUUAAAUGUUUUAUCUUUAUAAAAACAAAUGCAGAGAUUAUUAAGUUGUUUAAGUGUUACAUGGACGCUUGGAAUAUAGUAUUAAAUAUGUAGCUAUUAAGCUAUGUAGUUCAAACCAUGCUUUGUUUUUGUGAUAAUAUUGUGAUGUAGAAACAUUAAGUAUUUGAUUUGCCAAGUUCACUUAAAGAUUUCAAUUUGGAGGCAAAUCAAACAUUCUGUUUUCUAUUAUGUAAUUAAUAAGUAUGUUGAGUUGUGAUGAAUAGUGAGUAGUAUUAUUUUAUAAAAAUUAAUUACUGUAAUAAAUUUUCUUACUGUUUGAAUAAA